AAGCGAUUCUUUAAAGUAAUUAGCUUUAAUAAUAUUUAUAAUACUAAUUACUUUAAGCUCCCUCUUUUUAAAGUUACUAAUACGUUCGGCCUUAUUAAUAACGAGAAACUAAAGGGUUUUUAG